CCAUCAUCCCUUCUACUUCAGUUUCCCUAUUGUUCUUACCAGCAUAUGUCUCAGAGGCCUCGCGUACCUCAUUCUUCUUCCAUAGCUUGCGGUGUCCAUUCCCAUCUCCUGGUUUCCAGUGAGAUGAACCCCAAUUCCAAUUGGUCUCAAUAGUUUCUUGUUUUUGAGCCAAACUCCUUUCAGAAUAUAUUAAUUUGCCAAUCUCAUUGCUUUUGUUUUGUGAUUAUUUUGAGAGAAAAUCAUGGGUGUCAAAGGAUUUGUUGAAGGAGGCAUAGCGUCGGUUGUGGCUGGAUGCAGCACGCACCCGCUUGAUCUGAUUAAGGUUCGAAUGCAGCUGCAGGGAGAGACUCAGGUGCGGAACCCGGCGGUGCAGAGUCUUCGUCCGGCGCUUGCGUUUCAUACAGCAGCGCCGUCCUCUGCCAUUCACGUGCCAAAGCCGGCGCGUGUUGGUCCGAUCUCGAUUGGUGUCCGAAUUGUUCAGGCGGAAGGCGUGGCCGCGCUCUUUUCGGGGGUUUCUGCCACCGUUCUCCGCCAGGGUCUUUACUCUACUACCCGUAUGGGUCUGUACGACAUCAUGAAGCAGAAAUGGACCGACCCGGAAACCCACACCAUGCCCCUCGGGCGCAAGAUCGGUGCGGGACUGAUCGCCGGAGCAAUUGGCGCAGCCGUUGGGAACCCGGCUGACGUGGCAAUGGUCCGAAUGCAAGCGGACGGCCGCCUCCCUCUGGCUCAACGCCGCAACUACACGAGCGUAAUCGACGCCAUCACUCGGAUGAGCAGACAGGAAGGCAUCACUUCCCUGUGGCGCGGUUCGUCGCUCACGGUGAACCGUGCGAUGUUGGUGACGGCGUCCCAGCUGGCAUCCUACGACCAGUUCAAGGAAAUGAUUCUCGAGAAGGGGGUAAUGAAGGACGGGCUGGGGACCCACGUGGCAGCGAGCUUUGCAGCUGGGUUCGUUGCCGCAGUUGCGUCGAACCCGGUGGACGUGAUAAAGACGCGGGUGAUGAACAUGAAGGUGGAGGCCGGCGAGAAGGCACCGUACGCGGGGGCACUGGACUGCGCGAUAAAGACGGUGAGGGCAGAGGGUCCGAUGGCACUGUACAAAGGUUUUAUACCUACGAUUUCGAGGCAGGGGCCGUUCACGGUGGUGCUGUUCGUGACGCUGGAACAGGUCCGGAAGUUGUUGAAGGAGUUUUAGGGAGACGAUGAUGAUGAAAAAGAACACUAGGAAAUUAAUAAAGUACUAGAAUUAAAUUAUUUUAUUUUAUUUUAUUUUGAUGAUGUUUAAGUUUGGGAGGAAAUAAUACGCAAAAUCUGCUACUGUUUCCUACUUUAGGAAGUGAGUCUCAUUCUUAACAUCCCUUAUCAAUUUUAUAAUUACCACAGCUGUUGCCAAGAAAUCUAAAGAUUUUUUUUUUUUUUUCCUCUCAAAACUAAUGUGUUGGAGAUGUUCCAGGAACAUUGCAUCGAAUGAGUUAUAUGCACAUUAAUACAUAUUAAUUUUCAGU